AUCAUCUAUUCGAAAAAAAAGAAAAAUAUCAGACAAAAAUAUCGAAAAAGCUAUAGUUAAAAAAAUUAAGCAAAAUAAUUGUAAAUAUACAACUGAAUUUGUUUCUAUGGCUACAAAAUUAAGUACUAUUGGUCAAAUUUCGAUUUCAUCAACAGUACAAUGCACGAAAGAAAUUAUAACAUUUCUUACAGGUCAGCCUUCUAGAUCGUGCUUAUCUCCAAGUACUUUAUCACGAUGGACAAAAGAAGUAGCAGAAAUUUCUAUACAAGACAAUAUACCUCAAUUUUUAAAUCGAUUUAGCUCAUAUGGAAUUUUAGCAGACGAAAGUACUAGAGGAGAAAAAAAAAUAUUUUUAGUAUGUAUAGCUUAUUGGAAUGAAAACAAACAAGAACCUAUGCUUACUAUUCUUAAUAUGAAAGAUUUGGAUCGUUGUUCAGCAUCUACA